GCAGGGGUUGGUAUUCGUAUGGUCGUUUGUGGUUGUUUUGUUAUAUGCUUUUCUCUCUAUUUCAUAUCCUGCGUCUUCGCGGCUCCUCUUGACCACCACGCUUCGAUUUUCUCUCCUUCUCGUUCAUUUUCACCAUCAAAACCAUUUCAUUUCUCUCCCUUUCUCUGUCAAAACAACUCACACAUAACUUGUGAUAAUAUGAAAGACAGCAGCCUUUUAUCAUCUCAAUUUCCUUGAGUCUUUUUAUUCUGAAAGUUGGCAAUCAGUUUUGUUAUAGGUGCAGCAAAGUUUAACCCAAAAACAAGGCCAAAAUGUCUAGUUUUGUGGGUGUACUUGUGUCUGAUCCAUGGCUUCAAAGUCAGUUCACCCAAGUCGAGUUACGCAGCCUCAAAUCCAAGUUUAUUUCAAUAAAGACUCAGUCGGGUCGGGUCACGGUGGAAGAUUUGCCGCCUGUUUUAGCAAAGCUAAAGACUUUAUCUGAAGUGAGUAAUGAGGAUGAGAUUAAGUCCAUCUUGUCAGAGUCCUAUAAGGACAUGACUGCCGAGAUCGACUUUGAAUCUUUUCUUCGGGCAUUUUUAAAUUUGCAAGCCCGAGCAACAGAGAAAUCAGGAGGUUCGAAGAGUAGUUCAUUUCUAAAAGCAACCACAACCACUUUUCACCAUGCUAUUAAUGAAUCCGAGAAGGCUUCUUAUGUUGCCCACAUCAACAACUACCUGGCUGAGGAUCCAUUCAUGAAAAAAUAUCUUCCAAUAGAUCCAGCUACGGAUCAAUUAUUUGAAGUUGCUAAAGAUGGUGUUCUACUUUGUAAGCUUAUCAAUGUAGCAGUUCCUGGGACCAUAGAUGAACGAGCUAUUAACACAAAACAUGUCCUCAAUCCAUGGGAGAGGAACGAAAACCAUACGCUUGGCCUUAAUUCUGCAAAAGCUAUUGGCUGCACAGUGGUUAAUAUAGGCACACAGGACCUGGCUGAAGCAAGACCCCAUCUGGUACUUGGAUUGAUUUCUCAAAUAAUCAAGAUUCAAUUGUUAGCUGAUCUCAAUCUAAAGAAAACUCCUCAACUUUUGGAAUUGAUGGAUGACAGCCAGGAUGUGGAGGAGCUUAUUGGAUUACCGCCUGAAAAGGUUCUGCUAAAAUGGAUGAAUUUUCAUCUCAAGAAAGCUGGCUACCAAAAGGAAGUUACAAACUUUUCUUCUGAUUUAAAGGAUGGAGAGGCUUAUGCUCACUUGUUGACCGCUCUUGCACCAGAAUAUAGUAGCCCUGGAACGUUCGAUACAAAAGAUCCUACUGAAAAGGCAGCCAAAGUUCUUGAACAGGCAGAGAAAAUGGAUUGCAAAAGAUAUCUCACUCCAAACGAUAUUGUUGAGGGUUCACCCAAUCUUAACCUUGCAUUUGUUGCCCAAAUAUUUCAGCAAAGGAAUGGAUUGUCCACUGACAGCAAUAAGUUAUCCUUUGCUGAGAUGAUGACAGAUGAUGCAGAAACUUCUCGAGAAGAGAGAUGUUUUCGACUGUGGAUUAACAGUCUUGGUAUUCCUACAUAUGUCAACAAUGUAUUUGAGGAUGUCAGGAAUGGAUGGGUUCUCUUAGAAGUUCUUGACAAAGUUUCACCUGAAUCAGUUAACUGGAAGCAGGCUUCUAAGCCUCCCAUAAAGAUGCCAUUUAGAAAAGUUGAGAAUUGUAACCAAGUUGUGCAAAUAGGCAAGCAGCUAAACUUCUCUCUUGUGAAUGUUGCUGGGAAUGAUAUUGUGCAAGGAAAUAAAAAGUUGAUAAUAGCUUUUUUGUGGCAACUGAUGAGGUUUAAUAUGCUCCAACUCCUGAAAAACUUGAGAUCUCACUCCCAGGGAAAAGAGAUUACCGAUGCUGACAUUCUAAACUGGGCAAACAAAAAGGUGAAGAAGGCAGAUAGAACCUCUCAAAUGGAGAGCUUCAAGGAUAAGAACCUUUCAACUGGGACGUUCUUCCUUGAUUUACUUAGUGCGGUGGAGCCAAGGGUGGUCAAUUGGAGUCUUGUUACGAAAGGGGAAACUGAGGAGGAUAAGAAGUCAAAUGCAACCUAUAUAAUCAGUGUUGCACGAAAGAUCGGGUGCUCUAUUUUCUUGUUACCUGAGGACAUUAUAGAGGUAAACCCGAAGAUGAUCCUCAUUUUGACUGCCAGCAUCAUGUACUGGAGCCUGCGACAUGGCCAGCCGGAUUCAUUCCCUGCUGACAACAUUCCUGAUGGCGAGGAUGAGACAGUCCCGUCUGGUGAAGGAAACGAAGAAAAUGAAUCUUGAUAAAGAAUGAACCGAAGAAAAAGUUUUUCUAAUUCUUUUUUUCUUAAUCUCAGAUAGCAGAUAUCCAGAGCUCUUCUUAAAGUGCUUGUAAACUACAAAAUAGUCCUGUAAAUUUUGCUUUUUUUUUUAAUGUAAUUAGAAUGACAAAAAUUAUCACUGACUAUGCUGAAUAAUGUGAUCUGGGGAGGACAGGAUGAAGAGAGUUUUUUACUUCCAUUCUUAGAAACAGUUUUUUUGUG